AUGCAAGUAUCUGAAUUGCUAGAAUACGUUCCUGAAUCCAUAUCUCUUAUACUAGAACCAACUCAAAAUUAAGGGGCUCUUUAUCUUGGCAAUAUUACUUCCUUAUUUAAAUCUCCUUAAAAAUAUCAAAUUAAAGUACAAAUCAAAAAGUAUUAGAAAAGGCAGCUAUCUCAAUAUGUGAAGAUUUAGAUUUAAAAGAGGUUCAACUUGAAUAACAUCUACGAAUUGUCUUAAAUGAUUUAGAUAACUCAAACAUCAAAUAAUAUUUUGAUUAGACAAACUAAUUCAUCUAAUAAAAUUUAAAUGUAAUUUAUUUCCAAUAUUAAAGAAAGGGAAUUUGUUAGUUCAUUGUAUGGCUGGUGUUUCUAGAAGUGCUGCUAUUGUGAUUGCAUAUUUGAUGUGGAGUUAAAAAAUGACAUUUUAAAAUGCCCUUAUUUAUGUUACUAAAAAACGUGAAUAGGUGUAUCCUAAUAAAGGAUUUAGAUAACAAUUAAUACUAUAUGAAGAAGAAUUGAAAAAUGUCAAAUGA